AUCAAGUUAAGAAAGAUAAAAUUUAGAAUCUAUAUAAUUUAUCUUAUAAGAAAAUAAUUUUCAAACGUAUAAGCUAUAAUUUUAUAAAACAAACAUGAAAAAUAUAUUUAGAAAUUUGUGUAUUAUUCUUUUUGUUUUAUAUACCUUUAUAAAAAUUUAUCGUAAUAAUUGUAUUGAGAAAUAUAUUAAUAAUUCCUUUUCCAAAGAUGAUAUCUUAAAAAAAAAUUGCGUUGAACACAAGAUAAUCUAUUAUAGUCAGAGGUUAAAAGUUUAUCAGAAAUGAAAUAUCCGUACAUAAGAAGAGUCACAAGUUGAUAAUUAACUAAGUAAUAAACGUGUUUUAAACUGGAAAAGAGAAAGUAAAAAUGGCAUCACAGAAGAUUGUAAGAAAAAUAAUAUCAUCUGCAUUGAGUCCAAAACCUGUUGGACCAUAUAAUCAAGCAGUACUUGUAGAUCAUACUUUAUACUUGUCCGGAUCUCUUGGUGUUGAUAUUAAAACUGGAAAACUCGUUAGUGGAGGUGCUGUUGAGGAAGCUCGUCAGGCUCUUAUAAAUAUGGGAUAUAUCCUAAGAGAAGCUGGAUCUGAUUAUAAUAAAGGGGGCAAAAUUUGAAAUUGAAGCUGUCGCUGUUGUUGGUGAGCUAUAAAUAAUUUGAAUAUUUCAAGUUAAAUUAAAUUACAUUUAAUUUUUACAAACAAAAUAUAAUUUAACUUGUACAAACAAAAUAUAUUUACUUUCAAAUUAUUAUUUUUGUGUAUGAUAAUCGAGUUUUUUCAUUAUCUGUAUAUUUAUUUCUUAAAAGCGAAUCAUAAUAAUGAAAUAAUAAUGAAAAUUAUCCUUCUUAAAUUGUAUUAAAAUUUUUGUACUAUUAAAGAAAUAAAUGGUAUAAAUUUAAUUUAAA